UCAUACGACUGUGUGACAUUUCCUGAGAGGUGCAUACCCAAUAAUUACAUAGAUCUUCUACACACCCGACCUGCAUCCCCAAUAAAGCAGUGUUUUUUUCAUCCCCAUCCAGCAAGUCCGAGAAGAAAACUUGCUACUUCUGAAACUUAAGAUCGUUAAAAUCAUGGCGAAAUCAGGCAUUUUAUUCGCAUUCAUUUCACUGCAAUUGAUAAAUUGUCUGUGCUCCGGGUUUGUCAUAAAAGAUUCGAAUUUACUUCAAGUUCAAGAACUUCUUCAGAACGCAUCAAGAAAGGAGAUUAUUCAUGCAGUGUCGAACAGACUUUCCAAUCACUUUCGCCACUUACAAAAUCCAGCCUUCCCACUACUUCCGCUUCUCCCUGGUUAUCCCUUUCCCGAUUAUAUUUGCUACAAGCCAACAACAUUAGAGACAACUUUACUCGACCUCCCAAAUCUAAAAGUGGACCUCAAAAUUGAUUUCAACAAGGAAAUGGUCACCUCAGGACUGGACUCUCUAAAAGAUCUCCUCACAUUCAAAGUCAUGCCUAGCGGGGCAGUCGUGCUGUUUUGGAAGAUAUCUCUUCCAUUACUGGAAAUGAUUGCUGAUUACGACAUCAAUUUGAUUAUUACCGAUAAGACCGACUCAACAAAAGAUGUCACUUUUCAUAUUGGCUCAACUAAUGGCCAGCUGAAGUCAGAAGAUUAUUUCCUCUCACUCUUUGCAGAGGCAAAAGCCUUUCCACUUUAUGAAAAAUUGAUGCUUACGCAGCUCAACUGGGAUAAGCAUAUUCCUGAAAUUGUUUGGUCUGCUGACUGGUUGGUUGAAACAAUCGCUGCAGAUGGAACGCAUACAGAAUUGAUAAACGGACCCGGUGACAUUGGAGCAGUCCUUACAGCUAUUUUUAAUCUUAUUUGGGGUGGAAUUGUCGCAGUUGACAUUCAUUGUUUUAUUAAUUAUGCAAUCAAUGAUUGUUCUGUGAGCCAAUUGGUCAAUGAGGAAUAUACUUGUCUAAAAUGGGAUAUUGAGAAUUCGCCCUGUUUCAAUGACCCGAGAGGAACAUCAAUGAGGCUGGACUGGGGUGAUAGCUUAGCAUUUGAGACUUGCGAAGAAAUGACCACCAAUACUGCUACAACCGUGGUCACCUCCCCCCCAACAACCGUGGUCACUUCGCCCUCUACCACCGUGGUCACCUCUCCCCCAACAACUGUGGUCACCUCCCCCCCAACAACCGUGGUCACUUCGCCCUCUACCACCGUGGUCACCUCUCCCCCAACAACUGUGGUCACUUCGCCCCCAACAACCGUGGUCACUUCGCCCUCUACCACCGUGGUCACCUCUCCCCCAACAACUGUGGUCACUUCGCCCCCAACAACCGAGGUCACUUCGCCCUCUACCACCGUGGUCACCUCUCCCCCAACAACUGUGGUCACUUCGCCCCCAACAACUGUGGUCACUUCGCCCCCAACAACCGUGGUCACUUCGCCCUCUACCACCGUGGUCACCUCUCCCCCAACAACUGUGGUCACUUCGCCCCCAACAACCGUGGUCACUUCGCCCUCUACCACCGUGGUCACCUCUCCCCCAACAACUGUGGUCACUUCGCCCCCAACAACUGUGGUCACUUCGCCCCCAACAACCGUGGUCACUUCGCCCUCUACCACCGUGGUCACCUCUCCCCCAACAACUGUGGUCACUUCGCCCCCAACAACCGUGGUCACUUCGCCCUCUACCACCGUGGUCACCUCUCCCCCAACAACUGUGGUCACUUCGCCCCCAACAACUGUGGUCACUUCGCCCUCUACAACAGAGUCAGGAGCAUCCAUGUCAGGAUGUUUAGGGCGGGCAUUAAUUGUUCUAAUUUCUUAUCUUGCCCUUUACUAAAGAUAUGUAGGAUAACAGAAUGAUCGUUAUACAGCAUUUAAAUAUUUCCAAAAAAUAAAUUAGUAAAUAUGCGAAUAAAAUUGAUUUCACAACAAA